ACCAAUCAAAACCAACCAGUGUGGAACGAACAAAAACACGUUCAUUCGUCAGCAUUUUUCUGUCGUGACAUUUACUAUAAACGAUACAUACCAACAAUAAUACACCUUUACUCAUCAUGCUAUGGAUUUCAAGAAAGUAAAGCAAAAACUCAAUAAGAAAUAUAAAAUUCAAAAGAUAACAAACUGUUAAACAUAAAAAUGACUGAUUACACGGACGAAGAUUUUUUUGACAAUUUACACCAAUGUUCUCUUCUUGAAGAUACUGCGUUUACUGUGGAUCUUUUACCCGUAACCGAAGAUGGUGUGCCAAUUAGAAAAUUAUUUAUCAGCAAUUUGGCAGAAAGGACAACUUACAAAGACCUCAUCAAACUAUUUUCUGAAUAUGGAGAUGUUGAGAAUUGUUAUUUACAAAGAAAUCAGGGAAACCAAGGAAAAUCGUGUAACUAUGCAUUUCUGACAUUUAACAGUGUGGAGGCAGCUAUAAGAGCUCGAUACGAGGAGAGAAUAAAAUUACACAACAGAAAUUUAAGAGUGGUACCAGCUGAUUCCUGGCAUCAACCGGAUAACAUAGAAAAUCAAUAUUACAAUACAAAAGACAAAUACAAAGCUGACAAAAAACAGGCAGACGAACAAUGUAAUCAAGAUUAUUUGCAAAAUGACAUUACAGAUAUUAGUAUUCAAACAUUGAAUGAUGAUUGUUUGAUGCACAUCUUUCUUCAGCUGCCAAUUGUAGAUAGAAUUAGAAUAGAAAGAGUGUGCAAAAGAUGGAGGGCAUUGAGUCAAGAAUCUUGGCGCAGUGUGAAGAGAUUAGAUUUAUCAUGUUCGACUUGGGGUUUUUUUCCUAACACAAAACGAAAAGAAAUUAAUACUGGAAUCCUUCGCAAAGUAUUAUUACGAUGUGGUCGAUUUUUGACUGAAAUAAAUCUAUCACAAUUCCCUUGUCAAUUAAAUCAAAGUACAUUAACCAUUGUUGGGAAAUUAUGUCCAAAUUUGCAGAGAAUUGAUGUUACUGAUUUAACUGUUUCUGCAUCCGGUAUAAAUUCCCUGACAAAUAAUUGUCGUGAUAUCACAAGAUUUAGUCUUGGUUCUACUACGCACAUCUGUGAUAUGGAUUUACAAAAGUUGUUUGAAGUGAAUCCAAAAUUACGUUAUUUCAAAGUAGCCUUUGGUAAAAUAUGUGGGAAAUGUUUAGGGUAUUUGCCAUUAGAUACAAUGGAAGAAAUUGUUUUGGAAUGUUGUACAUGUCUUCAGAGACAUUUAUUGUCGCAGGCAAUUGCAAAGUUACAGAAUUUGAAAUCUCUUACGAUAAGCAAAUGUGUUGACAUAUCUGGGAACGUCAUCCAGACUAUCGGUACACAUUGUGUUAAUUUGAAAACAUUAGAACUUUCUAAUGUUUCAUAUUUGAUACAAUCAGAUGAUAUGUUACAUAUAACGCAAUUAAGUAAUCUUGAAGUUUUAAAAAUUAGUAUGAAUAUUGCUGUUAUGGAUGAACUUCUAACUAAUUUGGCAUUGAAGUGUCUACGACUUACUUAUGUAGAUAUUUCCGAAUGUUUCUUCGUUAAAAAUGUUGGUAUAGCAGCUAUAGCAACAUUACCAAAGCUAGAAGUCCUGAUAAUUAAUGAUCUGCAAAGAAUAACAGACAUGAAUUUCCCUGACAUGAAUAAUUUAAAAAGAUUCGAAUGUCGUUGCUGCCAAUUUACGGAUAAAACAGUGACCGACCUUAUUGGAUCGGCACCUCAGUUAGAACUACUGGAUCUAUCAGAAUGCCGUGGUAUUACAAAUAUAACUUUAAACAAAGCUGCUACAAUUACAAUUAGCCGAACUAACAAUAUACUUUUGAAAAUAUUUGUUGGCGGAACUUCUGUAAAUAUUUGUAAGUUUGAUAAAGUAUCUCCAUUUUUGCAAGUAGUUAAUGUAAAUCUUUUUAGGCGUAAAAGAUUUUGUACACCAUUUGUACCUCAAUAAAACAUAAUAUAAAAAUUUUA